AUGUCUGUGCCAUCGCUGAGUGGAGCUCCGGCUCUCUCAACGCUACAUCACCAUCAAAAUAUCGCUACAUCUGGUCCAUCGAUGAUUCAGAACUGUCCCCAGUUGCUUUCCACGCCACCGCCACCGUGUGGCGCUGCAAUCAGCUCAGCCACUAACGCUCAAAUGCAUCACGGUAAUCCGCUAAACACAGCUCCACCAGUAUCGCAUCCUCCACCAAAUUCCAUUGUAACCUUCAUCCAUCAUCAACCGAAUAUAACCAACACAAUCGCACCAUCAGUGAGUGGCGGUAUGAUAGUGGGUGAUCCAAGAAUGGUGAAGUUGGUGCAUGCGCAUCGUGUCGGUAUGAAGGCACUGGAAACGAUGGGUAACCGAAAUCAUGACGAUAAUCGAAGUUACGCCAAAUUUUCACAGAAUCCAGCCUAUGCUGACGAUGUACGAUGGCUAUUCUCGAUAGCCGUUAAAUUGGGUGGAGUAUUCACGCAGAGUUUUUGCGAGGUUGCUGCUCGUUCGAUCGCGUCGCCGUUCGUGUUAUUCUCACUAGCCGUUGAAUCGACUAAGGUUUUCCACUGGCAGAUGCCGCAGAUCAGCUAUCAUUCUCAAGCUUUGUUGCAUCCAAUUAUUCGAUCACAGAUGGCCAACGGUUCGUCCAACUCAAAACACAAUCACGCUCCUCAGGUUCGUCGCCUUUUCGCUCUGUCACAUUUCCGAAAAAAGUUUCUUCCAGGAUCACAGAAUUAA